UUGGCCCAAUGAAGUUGUCCCGCCACCAUUCUAGUCACUGCCUGAACCUUAUAGGAGUGCCGAAGAGGGACAACACUGAGACAAUUAUAGCAUCUUGCAUCUCGCCAAAUCAAUCUAAAUUCCACCCAAAAGAGGAAAAACGAGAAAAUAAAAAUGGGAAAUAGAAAGACACAGCGUUCGUUUAAUCCUAGUGUUGUAGUCAGAAAUUCCAUUCUUUUGUUGUUGUUGAUGUUGUUCUUGUUGUUGUCUCCAACAGUUUUGGCGAAGUCUCGUCGCCCAAUCACUGAAAUUGAAACCAGACAGAGGAAGAACAAGUGCUAUGCUGACAUUGAGAGUGGAAUGUGGGGUCAGCAGUGCAAAUCUUCAACGAUAACGAAGGAAAAUUGUGCUUUGAGAUGCCUUUCUCCGGCAUGUUAUGAGAUCAUCUAUGAGAGUGAUCCUCUUGAAGAAGGAGAAAAAGAUCUUGUUAGGGGACAAGAGUUCAAGUACUGUAUGCAUAAGUUGUCGUUGGGGGAGAGCCUUCAGGAUAUAAAGGGUUCCUUUGGAUAUUAAACUUGUCAUUUGCUGCAUUUGAUGUAAAGUCACCAUUAGAAAAGUUUGAAAAAUGAAAGAGAAAGAACUUCAUGUUUAUAAAGAGAAAGAACUUCAGUAUUCAAUAUAUGUUAAAGAACUUAUGCGCAUGCUAUUCAGUAUGGAAAGAAUUCAGAUUACAGACUCAGUUUACAUGGGGGGGAUGGUAGCAUGAUGACCAUCAGGCUUGAUGAUCCUUGAGGGGCAUUUAUUAUCAGAAGUCUGUUAUCUUGGUGGGUGUUCUUCAAAUGAGACAACCACUAUAAGAGUUCAAUUUGAUGGAAGUUUGGAUUUGAAUUGUUUGAAGAUGACUCUCUCUGAUCAACUGUGUCUCUCUUGCAUGUGAAAUUUAGUCAGGUGCUAAGAAAAUGUGGCUAAUGUGCCAAUUUGCUGCUGCUUUUGUUGCUUAAUUAUUCUCUAGCUGAUUGCUUAGGACCAAAGAACCUAUUCAUAAAUGAAAGAAAUCCUAAAGCAAUAGAGCAAUAAAUAGUGAAGCUUAACUUUUGUUUA